AGGGUAUAGGGUUGGAUCUCUGAGGUACAGUUUAUAGCAAAGAAACUCUCUAAAGGACGACUCCACUUCUGGCACCGACAGAAGCUAAAUUCCCUUCCGGCAGGUCAGCUGACAGUGAUCACAUGACGGGUGCUGGUAUGCUGGGGCCUCUCAUUAUCUGGCAGCUUCAUCUGUUGUCUCCCAUCCUCCACUGGUCAGAAGGUUGCAGGCAGCUCUGUCCUCCUCGACAUGGCUCUGGUGACGGACGAGCAGAUGCAGAAGUUCCGUGAAGAUGGCUACCUGGUCCUGGAAGGACUUUUCAGCCAUGAAGAGUGCGAGUCUAUGAAGGAGGAGAUCAGGAGGAUAAUAUGGGACACGGACGUUCCCCCGCACUGCCGCACAGAGUUUUCUACGCAGCAGGAAGAACAACUGAAAGCUCAGGGAAGCGCUGAUUAUUUCCUGCAUAGCGGGGACAAGAUCCGCUUCUUCUUUGAGAAAGGAGUGUUCAGUGACCAAGGUGACUUUCUGGUGGAAAGAGAAAAAUCUGUGAAUAAAAUAGGACAUGCUUUACACGCACAUAACCUGGUAUAUAAAAGGGUAACGCACUCCCCAAAAAUACAGGAGGUGGGUCGGCGGCUGGGCCUGGUGAAGCCUGUGAUAGUGCAGAGCAUGUAUAUAUUUAAGCAACCUAACAUUGGAGGGGAAGUGACCCCGCACCAAGAUGCCACCUUCCUGCACACGGAGCCUCUCGGUCGGAUGGUAGGGUUCUGGAUCGCGGUAGAAGAUGCUAAUGAAGACAAUGGCUGCCUGUGGUUUAUUCCAGGUUCACACCGGGCUGGAAUAUCACGUCGUAUGGUGCGCACACCGCCAGGCUCCAUACCCUGCACGGCGUUCAUUGGGGAAGAGCCCAUCUACAGCGAUGACCAGUUUGUUCCAGCCCCGGUGCCCAAAGGAGGACUAGUUCUGAUCCACGGAGAAGUUGUGCACAAAAGUGAUCUGAACACUUCACCGAACUCUCGUCACGCCUACUCCUUCCAUGUCAUGGAGUCCCAGAGUACGACCUGGAAUCCGGAGAACUGGUUACAACCAAGCCAAGAACUCCCCUUUCCAUCCUUAUACACAUGAGAAGAGCCAGCGAUGAGAACAAGAUGUGUCCUUCUCCUUCAUAUGUAUAACCAUAGUAAUGAUCAGGUCCCCGCUCCUCCUAUUCCUGACUUUCUGGUCCUGCUCAACCCACAGGAUACAACCGCUCGGCCAAUCACUAGCUGAAGCAAGUCACCAGUGCGGCCAGUGAUUGGCUGAGUAGUCAUUUCCCGCGGGUUGAGAGGUAUAAGGAAGUACUGAUUGCCCGAGUGUAACAGCAGCUGCAGUACGCUGCUGUUCCCCCGCUUACCGCUGUGCUCAGCAAUGAUUCUUCUGUCCGCCGCUGCAGUCCUGGACUCGGUCGCCUGUACGUGCUGAGGAUUCCGCUCCACGGGUUCCAUUCAGCCCUGGCCACAGAAUGCUUGUGUCUGGGGGCGUCACGCGUCACUCCCUGGGCUGCAGGGGUUGGGUCAUGUGACCUCACUGACCAACCCAGGCUCCCCGGCAAGUAUUAAGGUGGCUCAGCCCCCUUUCCCAGGUCCCUUAGUGUCAAGGUCCUUGUGCUGGUUAAGUUCAUGAUACUCACGUGUGCUCCUGAUUUACGCUUCUUUCCUGGACUCUGCUUCUCGUCUGUUCCCUGCCUGCUUGCAUUGACUCUCCUGUUGCCGACCCGCAUUGCCUGCCCUGACCUUUUUGCCUGUCUGACUACGCCUCUGCUUCAUCCUUGAUCCUACACUGUUGCUCCUGGUAACGACCCCGCUGUACUGCUGGUACCCACUCAGGUAUCUCCUGGUCCGCCCGGACCAGC